AUGUUCUCCAAGAAGCCGCACGGGGACGUGCGGAAAUCCACGCAGAAGGUGCUGGACACCCGCAAGGACCCGCUCACUCGCCUCAAGCACCUGCGCGUCCUCAUCGAGAAUCCUGAAUCUAUUGAUCUCAAACAGUUUUUCGACCUACAUUUCUCACAUAUAUAUUAUGUGUUCUUUGAAAACUUUGUGACUAUUGAAGUAGGUCUUAAACAAAAAGGUCACAAGUCUCAGAGAGAAGAAUUAGAUUCUAUUCUUUUUAUUUUUGAGAAAAUCUUGCAACUCCUUCCAGAAAGGAUUCAUCAGAGAUGGCAAUUUCAUAGUAUUGGGUUGAUUUUAAAGAAGCUUCUUCACACUGGAAAUUCGUUAAAGAUACGGCGAGAGGGCGUGCGUCUCUUUCUUUUGUGGCUGCAAGCACUUCAAAACAACUGUAGUAAAGAACAAUUAUGGAUGUUUUCAUGCUUGAUUCCUGGAUUUUCAUCACCACAGUCUGAAUAUGGCCCCCGAACGCUAGAUAAUCUCAUUAACCCUCCACUUAAUGUUCAAGAAACUCAAGUGACUGUAGAGGAAAUCACUCCACUUGUUCCUCCACAGUCAGGAGAUAAAGGACAAGAAGAUUUAACAAGCUAUUUCUUAGAAGCACUUUUGAAAUACAUCGUAAUUCAGGUUAAGAGUUUAGAAUGGAAGAACAAGGAAAACCAGGAAAAGGGAUUUUCAUUUUUAUUCUCAAAUUUUAAAAAAUACUACUUACCUUCCAUUUUCCCAAACAUCUGUAAGGACACCAGCUUGUAUAACCCUAUACUUGAUAUACCACAAAUGAGACCAAAGCCACACUAUGUAAUGGUUAAGAAAGAUGCUGAAACCAAUGAGGCAGUAUAUUGCACAAAAGAACCUUUUAUUAAGGCUCGUGUUAUUGUCAUUCGGUGGUUGGUGUCUUUCUGGCUUGAGCCAAAACCUCAUACAGGACCUCAUAUUCCUGGAAUGGAAGGUGAAAAUGUGCCAAAGAAUAUUCAGAGAGCAGCUGCUAGCAUGGCUUCACGGGAGGACAGCAAAAGUGACAGUACUGAUAAGCAGGAUAGAAAUGCAGAGCCAGAACAAUCUCAUUCUAAUACAAGUACUCUAACAGAGAGAGAACCAAGUUCUUCCAGCCUCUGCAGUAUUGAUGAAGAGCAUUUAACCGAUAUUGAAAUUGUCCGGAAAGUCUUUUCUUCUAAAAGAAGCAAUGUUAAUUUUCUAACUGAGAUUUUUCGACAGGCAUUUCUGUUGCCGAUAUGUGAAGCAGCAGCCAUGAGGAAAGUGGUAAAGGUGUAUCAGGAAUGGAUUCAUCAAGAAGACAAGCCCUUAUUUAUGAAAGAACCUGAAGAAAUAAUGCAGUGCACAACCGUAGAUUGUGAUGAAAGUGUUGUUGACCACAAUUCAUCAGAGAAAGUGAAAGAAAGAGAAGAGGAAAAAGGGAUGAACUCCAGUCAUGUUCGAAAUUCAAACUGGGGAAGAAAUGGGUGUUAUGAAGACACUUUGCAUAAAACAUCUGAAAUAGAUACCGAAGAGCAAAAUGUACGAGCUGGAGUGCAGUCAGUAUUGCAGAUUUUUAUAAUAAAUUCUUCAAAUAUAUUCUUUCUCGAACCUGCAAAUGAAAUUAAAGCUCUGCUGGAUGAACACACUGAUAUGUGUAAACGCAUUCUUAAUAUCUACCGUCACAUGGUAGUCCAAGUGACUAUGGACAAGAAGACAUGGGAACAGAUGCUACUUGUGCUGCUCAGGGUUACUGAAUCUGUGCUGAAAAUACCACCUCAAACUUUCUUGCAGUAUCAAGGAAGAAAAAACUCCACUUUAGCUGGAAGACUUGCAGGACCUCUUUUCCAGACUCUUAUAGUAGCUUGGAUCAAAGCGAAUCUAAAUGUGUACAUCUCUCGAGAACUUUGGGAUGACUUGCUGUCUGUAAUGUCAUCACUGACAUAUUGGGAAGAGCUGGCCACUGAGUGGUCGCUGACAAUGGAGACACUAACUAAAGUAUUAGCUAGAAACUUAUAUAGCUUGGACCUCAGUGACCUGCCAUUGGAUAAAUUAAGUGAGCAGAAGCAGAAAAAACACAAAGGCAAAGGAGUAGGGCAUGAAUUCCCAAAAUCUUCUGUUGAUAAGUCCUUUUCUAGAGGCUGGAGCCGUGAUCAGCCUGGACAAGCACCCAUGAGACAACGCAGCGCUACAACUACUGGCUCUCCAGGAACAGAAAAGGCAAGAAGCAUAGUACGGCAGAAAACAGUUGCCAUGAGAAGCCGAUCCAUUGGUGAAUGUGCUCUGCCAUCGGCCUAUAUACGCAGUGCUAAAAGUGCUCCUGUUCUGAUCCAUACUUCCAAACCCUUCUUGCCUGAUAUUGUUCUCACUCCCCUUUCUGAUGAGCUUUCAG